UAAAAGCAUGGCGUUUGUUAUUCUUUGUAGAAAGUCUCUGGUAGGACUCUUGAACCUCAGUGCAAAUCUAAAAAUCCUAGAAAUGAGCGAUGUGUGUUCCGCACACAUCCACUCUCUGUUUCUCUUUCCUUCUCACACGACCACUAGGAUGCACAACCCCUUUACAAACUUCACAUAAUCAGACUUUUAUAACUCAUUUUUUGCGCUUUCUGUGGGAGAAUGCUCGGCUAAUGUGACGGUAACGUGGCUCAUCAACACUGGAGGGAUUUUCAGGAACUUUUUUCACCUCAAAUGCUUCUGCUUUUACUUAGCCAUAUUUCUGCUUCGAUCGGUUUUUAUUUUGCCAACGGAUAUCUUAGUGACUUUAUCUUACAGGAUUAAUAUAUAUGUUUUAAAAAAAUCGUCAUUUAAAGCCGUUUAUGUUUUUUUCACGCGGUAAAGUACGUUCAUUCUUACUGUCAUGUUCACGAGUUGUUUACUGUAAACAAGAAUAGCUUAUAAAUGCUACUUAUUAUUCAAAUAUUUGUGCUGAUGCUCUAAUCGUUUAAAUAUCUCGUGUAUUUAUUGUAUUAAAUUAGAUUUUUGGUACAAGGGGGUGAACUGUCCGGUCCCACUUUCGGUAUAUUUAGACCUUUAUUACAAGUCUUUAUUAGUAUGUGUGGAGCAUUUCAACCUUUAGGUAUAUUUUCCAUGUCGCUGUCGUUACGGUUGAAGUGAGAUUUACUACCACCCAAUACACCAUUCGCGUUUCCACUCACCGUCGUGAACUUUCGUUUUUGUCUGUUUGUGGUCUUUAUAGGUGAAUACUAGGAAGGAAAGUAUCAUAGUUGUCUUGGGAUGCGGAAUGGAAAGCUGUAGGGUUGAGAGUAAACAUGUUUAAGUGUUUAAAGUGACUGGGUCAGUCAACAUGUCGUCUACGGAGGGUGAUUUCUCCUGGAUGGGUGACUGGCAGUGGCUCUGCAUGGUCACUCUCUUUCUGGCCUCUGUUGUCACUUUGAUUAUAUACUUGGUGCAGUAUUUUUCCAAUGUACCUGCUGGGAAAACACCUCUAAGUCAUGUGGAUUCCGAGGAAGCUGAUGGGAUUUUAAGUUGGGUGCUGUCCUUGAAAAGCUGGAAGACUCAGUGGGGAAGCGCCUGGUUUAGGAGCCUCAAUGAUGAAGCUAGGAGAUCACAGAGUGGGAUUCAGCUGACCUUUGAAGAGGAUGGUUUCCAGUCAUCCGAACUGGCUGUGGGCCAAAUUUCAAGCUUUACAAAAACACCAGUUCAAAAGAAUGUCUUGUGUCAGGUGGUUGGAAACAAGCUCCAGUUUUCUAUCAGUGCUUUACCAAGCUCAACAUCUUCUGAAACCUCCCUGAGAUACAGUGUGAAAAUAUCCCCACUUCAUCUGCAGCUGGCUCUACAGAUGAAAGAGGUGAAUGGGGAAGUGGAGAUUUCCUGGGGGGUGCUUAACCUGGACUCUGUAGAACUGCAUCUCAUGCCAAGUUUUACACAGGGAGAUUGUGAAGGUCUAAGUAAAGCUGCAGUGAAGGACAGGCUCAGACAGGUCUUGAGCAGAGCCAAACCAUCAGUAACUCUGAGCAGCCGGCCUGCAGAUUCUGCAGAAGUCAAGGAAGUAAGGAACAAGACCUCACAUUUGACCUCACCCCCCAAACCCCCGCGAGCUCAUGAAUGGAAACUAUUGGUGAAGAACAUCCGGGUCACAUGCAAACACGAGGAUGGUGCUGCAGGUGGUAUGAAUCCCCAGUGUAUCCUCCAGUUGGAUGAUCCUCCUCAAAAGGUCACCAGUUCAGUCUUGACUAACACAUCAACCCUGACCUGGGACCAGCCCUUCAUAUUUGAGCUUAGCGGUCGAUCAAAGGAGCUGAACAUCCAGGUCGUGGAUAACGCCAAACCUCGGGAGAGUGGUUUGUUAGGGCAGGUAUCUGUGCCUUUUGAUCUGGUGAGGAAACACCCCAAAGGUCAACAGACCUUUUCACUCAUGACCAAAGAUCAAGUGACCGGCUCACUAACUACUGAGUUCACAUACCUGGAGCCCAGUGAGGUGCGUAGCUGGCAGACACCAACUCCAGCCCCUACUAAGAGAGUAGAAAUGGACCGCACUGUGAUGCCCUGUGGCACUGUCGUCACCACUGUCACUGCUGUCAGGAGCAAACCAGGACGACCUUUACCACCUGAAUCAAAAUCUCCCUCUAAAAAUAAGCUGGCAGAGAGAAGGGUUUCUGAGCAGCCAUCGAUACUUGGAGCCAAAGUUAGCAAAGCCCUCUCAUCAUCAGAUACAGAGUUAUUGAUGCUAAAUGGUACCGACCCUGUAGCUGAGGCUGCUAUCAGACAGCUUCACGAGUCUGCAAAACAGAAGCUGAAAUCUCCCGUCAAAAAGAGUACCAUUAUCAUAUCAGGAGUGACCAAGGCCCCUCUCUCACAGGAUGAUGAGAUGGCUCUAAUGGCAGGAUAUGCAGCUGCAAUGGACGCUUCCAUGUCUGGAGCUUUGGAGGGCACUAACAGUGAAACACACCCUUUAGAAACUGUGGCAGAACCCAUUACUGUUGAACCUACAGAAUCCCUGGUGGGUCCAAAUGGCACAGACCACCAUGUGGAGGAUUGGGAGAGCCAGGCUGGAGAGGACCCCGAUGGAGACAAAACAUCUCUGUCCCUCUGUAUUUCUGAAACGGGCCCCAAAAAAGGAAAAGGCAGCUUCCUGCACAAGAGUGCCAAGCUUUUCUUCAGACGUCGACAUCAGCAGAAGGAACCAGGGAUGAGUCAGUCCCACAAUGACCUGCAGUACUUGGAAAAUCCUGAGGUGGUCUUGAUGGGCGACAGGGAAAAGAGGACGGCCACCUUCAGACGCAUCAUUAACCGCAAACUUCUGCCCAGGAGCAAGAGCAAAGCCAACGGCACGAUGAGGGAACUGCCUACGUGAACUUAAUACUCGUCUUUAACACAUUAAAAAAGCUGAUGCAACUCCAUGCCUACAAUUUCUUCUUGCUUGCCCAGCCAAUAUUCUCCUCGACCUAAACUAAUAGUUUACCUCAUAACUGUAACCUAUUCCUCUUCAUUCAUCCUUAUUUUAUGCAAAAGCAUGAUCUCGAUUCCUGGCCGUGUCUGCCAGUAACCCUGCAUCCCAAAAAUUACUCUCUUGUCAAGAGAUGCCCAACAGCCACAAACUCUUCUGAAAAUAUCUCUAGAAUUAUCAUUCUGACUCCUUAACUUGGUUCUGCUGGAUCAACUCUAUGAAUUCAAUCUCCUCAGUUUUAGCUUAUGUAGAUGCAACUCUCCAUCCAAGUUGAGAGACGGAGAUCAAUGUUCAAAGUUUUUUUUUUUUACAUUCCCUACUCUUGGUCAGUUUUUAUUUUGUUUUUGAACUAGCGUGUGUUUAUGCAAGAAAGUUUACAGAACUGCAGAAAUGAGUUGCUGUGCUAUCACUUAAAGACUCCAAAUGAGUCAUUUAACCUUAUGCAAACCGUGAUCAUCAGGCAAAGGAUACUCUGCAUUUGUGGCCUUUAACCAAAUUAGCAUAUGAGGACAACCCUCCCUUGCCAUCUACCUGAUCUUUUAACCCUCUGGAAACCCUCUGAUGACUUGAUGGUUUUUGGGAUGUAAGAGAAGAGGGAAUACAAUUGAUUUGAUUUGCGCUUUGUUUUUUUAUAUUCUCGGAACGGUUUCGAAAUGCAUUUAUUAUGCAGUGAAUUCUGCAGGGUCUGGCAGAAAGAUUUUUUGAGAGAGUGGUUCGAAGAACUGAUCUAGAACUCUGCCUUGGUAUGAUCUGGAAAUUAGAGUUUUAACUUUGUCAAAGGGCGACAGGUUUGCUUAACUGCUUUAACAAUUUAUUUUAUCAAAUUUUGACUCUGGCCAUCCUUUAUUUCCCAAUAGUAGUAAUUUUGUGUGUUAGGCGAAAUAUUAUUUUGCAACUAAGUGUAAAGUUAAAAUUUUCAGGGUUGGCACUGAUAUGUUCCCUUUUAAAACAACUAGUUUGGUUCCCUAUUUGCCUUUUAUUUUUAACAUAUCUAACCGAGAUCUCAUCAAAAUAGAUUAUUUGAUUUGUGUUUUAUUUGAAAUAUUUUCCCUUUUUUAAGCAUUUUUUAUUUUAUUUUUAUAAAUACUGUAUAAUUAUAUGCUAAACAUCAUUUUCUUCUGUCAUUUCAUAACCACACCUCACAUUUGGGGGGAAAGUGUGAAUUUUACCAAAGGAUCUUAACACUAAGCAAAGGCAUUUUCUCACAGAGAAAGAACAGACUGCAAGAGCACUGGCCUUUUAAAUUGAUCUGUUCAAUAGUUUCAUGAUUCAAGUUAAUUUCCAAGUUUGGUUAUUGUGUUUGGUGUUUUCUUUUAUUGUAUGAUCCGUUCUCAUAAGCCACCUGAAAUGCCAACUGCUUUGAAUUUUGGAUUUCAUCCGAUGAGCCUGUGUCGAUAAUUGCAAUUGACUUGUAGCACGGGAAAACCAGGAACUGAUUCUGCUUGACCUUUACUUGAACUAAAUGUGCGUAUGGUGAAAAACCUAAUUGCCUGUCCAUACUGAAUGUUGCCAGAUAGAAACCUCAGCAGUCUUCACUUCAUAGUUGUGUGUGUGUGUGUGUGUGUGUGUGUGUGUUUAAAUUUUGUCCAUGUUUAGUGUUUCCAUGCACAGCCUGAGUGUUCAUAACAAUUCACUGUGUUGCAUUUCAUAGUAUAAUGUUACAAAAUUAAAUGGAGGUAUUUUCUAACUAAAUGGGAAAAGGCACAUGAAGACUUUAUUUUAUCCUGCUUGAUUGGCCAUCCAGAGGUGAUCAACCGAUUGAAUUAAAUCUAAUCAAGUCUAUUCUCUGUAUAUGCAUAUCACUAUAAUGUAACCACAUGAAUUGAGGAACUCUUGAGCUGGGCUUUCUAUUUGGGUUCUGGUGACAUAUAUAUAUAUAUAUAUAUAUAUAUAUAUAUAUAUAUAUAUAUAUAUAUAUAUCAAACAGAAGGCCUUUAGUAAAUACCAAUGUGAAUGAUAUAUAUCAUUGAAAACCUGUUUCUCACCCUAACAUGCAAAAUGAUUAACAUCACACAUGCGUAUGGAAUGUACAGCAUUUUUUUGUCUGCAUUGUACUUGUUAAAUAAUAAAAACCUGGGAGGCCUUUGUAUAAUGAAUGUCAACCUGUGCUAUGCAUGGAUUAGCUUGAUUAACAUAUCCUCUUUAUUGGUUUGAGCAAUAAAUAUUGACACAUAUACAUUUGAUGGUUUAUUGUUUGCUUACAAAAACAUGUAAAAGUUAUAUUUUAAUGUAUUUUC